ACUUGCAGAAAGAUUUCUUGGAUGCAAAUUCGGCAAGAAGGUUAGUGAAGUUGAAAGCGUUUUCUAAGUUUGAAAACACGGGAGAAGGUUUGGAAGCAGCAACCAAACUGAUUGACGGGGCACCCAGAAAAGGUCUGCACAAAUUCCUGAAAGCUCAUUGUGAAGGUGAAACAUUGGGAGUAGCUGAUUCGAAGCUUGGAAAUGCAAUUAAGGAGAAAUUGAUAGGUUGUUACUCUUUUUUAUUGGGCGUGAUAUGCUAACACCUUUUACAUUGCUCUGUUGCGAUAUAUUUUUCAUUAUACUGCAGUUGGAAAAAAUGCUUGCAGAAAAUAGAAUGUGUUCACAGUAAUGCUGUCAUGGAGUUGUUGAGAGGUGUGAGGAGUCAGUUGACUGACCUCAUAUCUGCUAAGGUUUUUCUUUUCCCUUCUCUGUUCUCUGUUAGUGGUCAGAUUGGAUCAUGUGAAGUGUAUUUAUUGACUAAUAAUGCUGAUAAUGUGGAUACAAUGAUUGUCCAGGCAAUUGGCUUGCUUGAUGAUCUUGAUAAAGAGCUGAACACAUAUGCAAUGAGAGUUCACGAAUGGUAUGGCUGGCAUUUUCCUGAGCUUGUCAAGGUUGUAUAGGAUAACAUCCUUUAUGCUAAGACCAUGAAGCUAAUGGGUGACCUGGCAAAUGCUGCAAAGCUUGACUUCUCUGAGAUAUUGCCAGAAGAAGUUGAGACAGAGUUGAAGGAGGCAGUAGUUAUAUCUAUGGGAACUGAAGUUAGUGACCUUGAUCUGAUAAAUAUCAAAGAAC